ACCUGCAAAUCCCAUAUUUUCUAGACAUCCAAACAACACGAUGGAGAAGACAGUUCUGUGAAGAAGAUAAAUUUUCUCAGUGUUCAAUGGCUUUGAUUCCGACUAAUAUUACAGAAAUGCCACUGAGACACUCCCUUCCUCUAACCUCGACCUCUCGCUACUCAUCGCUUCCCACUUUGAUAUUCUUCUCCUUAUCUCCGAAACAACCUUCUCGUAUCAUUCUUCGACCAUUCUCUUCGCUCCGCACGAGCGAGCGUAGCUCCAGAAACAACAACAACAACAAUAGAAGCCAUAACAACCGCCAAUCAGAUCACCGGAACCCUAAACCCACCGCUCCCUGGAUCGACAAGUGGCCUCCCUCCUCUUCCUCCGGGAAGGAAUUAAACGAACGAGGUAAAAUCCAGUCAUCGGAGGAUGAGGCCGAAGCGAAACGCCGCUAUUUGGAGAAGGAUAAAGGACAAAGCGCGAUUGAGAGGAUCGUCCUCCGUCUCAGGAACUUAGGAAUCGCUUCUGACGACGAGGACGAUGUGGAGGAUAACGACGGUGAAGAAGAAGAUGUGAAGGCGGUGGUGACUGGAGAAGAGAGGUUAGGUGAUUUGUUGAAGAGAGAGUGGGUGAGACCUGAUAUGAUUCUUGCCGAAGGAGAAGAAGAGAGUGACGAUGAGGAUGAUGAUGUGUUGUUGCCAUGGGAGAAGAAAGAGGAAGAAGAAUUAGGGGAGAGAGUAGACGGAGAUGAUAGAGGAGUGGCGGUGAAGAAGAGGAGAGCUAGAGCUCCUUCACUAGCGGAGCUUACGGUUGAGGAUUCGGAGUUACGGAGGUUGAGGAGAGACGGGAUGUAUUUGAGAGUGAGGAUUAAUAUACCCAAAGCUGGGCUUACGCAGCCUGUGAUGGAGAAGAUUCAUGAUACUUGGAGGAAAGAGGAGCUUGUCAGGCUUAAGUUUCAUGAGGUGCUUGCUCGUGACAUGAGAACUGCUCAUGAGAUUGUUGAGCGUCGAACUGGUGGAAUGGUGAUAUGGAGAGCAGGAAGUGUAAUGGUGGUUUAUCGUGGACGUGACUAUCAAGGACCUUCUGUGAUCUCUAACCAGAUGGCUAGACCUGAAGAAACUCUUUUUGUUCCAGAUGUAUCUUCUGCUGGUGAUGAAGCAACUAAUGCCAAAGAUAAUAAGAAUCAGAAUGCACCCCAGGAAAUCAAAGAUCCUAUUGUCAAGAACCCUAUUCGGAAGGAGAGUAUGACAGAAGAAGAAGCUGAGUUUAACAAACUAUUAGACAGUUUAGGUCCACGUUUUCACGAGUAUUGGGGUACUGGUAUCCUACCUGUGGAUGCUGACUUACUACCUCCUACGAUUCCUGGCUAUAAAACACCAUUCAGGCUUCUUCCUACUGGUAUGAGAUCUAAUUUGACUAAUGCUGAGAUGACAAAUCUGAGGAAGAUUGGUAAAACUCUCCCCUGCCAUUUUGCUCUUGGUAGGAACAGAAAUCACCAAGGACUGGCAGCUGCUAUACUCAAGCUCUGGGAGAAAAGUCUGGUUGCAAAGAUAGCCGUGAAGCGAGGUAUCCAGAAUACAAAUAACAAACUGAUGGCGGAUGAGAUAAAGACAUUGACAGGGGGUGUCUUACUGCUGAGAAACAAGUAUUACAUAGUAAUAUACCGUGGGAAGGACUUCCUUCCUUUAAGCGUGGCAGCUACUUUAGCGGAGAGACAAGAAUUAACAAAAGAGAUUCAAGACGUUGAAGAGAGGGUAAGAACCCGAGACAUUGAGGCUACUCAACCUGUUGGAGACAAAGUACCAGCGGAAGCUGGCACUCUGGCGGAGUUUUAUGAAGCUCAAGCCCGAUGGGGGAAAGAGAUAACUCCGGACCAUCGAGAAAAGAUGAUUGAAGAAGCUUCAAGGGUUGCGAGUGCCAGAGUUGUCAAACGAAUCCAGCACAAACUCAACCUUGCCCAAUCGAAAUUUCAAAGAGCAGAGAAACUUUUGUCCAAGAUAGAAGCAUCUAUGGUUCCAAACGGACCUGAUUAUGAUCAAGAGGUCAUCUCUGAGGAAGAAAGAAUCAUGUUCCGGAAAGUGGGAUUGAAAAUGAAAUCAUACUUACCCUUAGGUAUCCGUGGUGUAUUCGAUGGGGUCAUCGAGAAUAUGCAUCUGCAUUGGAAGCACAGAGAGCUGGUGAAGCUUAUAUCGAAACAGAAGAGUCUUGCGUUUGUUGAGGACACGGCUCGGUUACUAGAAUACGAGAGCGGUGGGGUUCUCGUGGCAAUAGAAAAGGUUCCUAAAGGAUUUGCUCUUAUUUAUUACCGUGGGAAGAAUUACCAGAGACCCAUUAGCUUGAGACCUAGAAACCUUCUCACAAAAGCAAAAGCAUUGAAACGUUCCAUUGCAAUGCAACGCCAUGAGGCUCUUAGUCAGCAUAUCUCUGAGCUGGAGAAACAAAUAGAGCAAAUGCAGAACGAACUUACUGCAAAAAACCCGUCAUACAAUGAAUCCGAAUGGGAGAAUGAUGAUGAUGAUGAUGAUGGCGAUAGUGAGGAUGAGAAAGAUGAUGCGGAGGACGAUGAGGGUGAUUGGGACGAAGCUGAAGCUGAUGGUGAAUCCACAAUUUCUAGUUUAGAAGAAGCUGAUUAUCCAUUACGCUAAGGAUGAGGCACGCAUCGUUUUUUUUAUAUCUCAGAAGGUUGUAGCUGACUUGUGAAACAGUAAUGGUUUGUUCAUUGCUGGAAAAAGAAGAGAGUAGAGAUCUCAAACAUAGGAGGCAGAGUAUGUUCAUCAUCUACUUGUGCAAGUAACAAAGAACAGUUUAGUCCUCUCAACAAAGAUCAAUUUAUUUAUUUGUAUUUUACAAAUAAGUUGUAUGUUUUUUUUAUCUUUCAAUGUAUUGUACACUACUUGAUAAAGUAUUUACCAAAUGUGCAUUGAUCUCUGUCUUUGUCAUUAAUUCUGACAAGUUUGAUCUCCAUUGAUGUUGGCCUCGGCAAUUGAUUCGAGUUUCACGCCUUAGUUUGGUUUCAGGGAAAAACUUACUAUCUCUAGCCAUAUGUAACAUGUCAUGUUCGUGACAAAAAUAAAAUAAAAAAUGUAACAUGUAAUGUCGUCAAAGGUCUGUAUUAAUGUUUCUCAUUUCAUUUGUUUUAGUAUGAAUUUCUCAAACAUUUUUUUUAUAGACUCUCACUAAAUAUAAAUAUAUGACGUAUACAUGAAUAUUGGAAACUUUUCCCUACUUUCACAUAAAACAUCGAUACACUAAUUAAUUUACUUGAUUUAAAUCCCUUCAUUACCACAUGGAGUCCAUAUUAAAAGCUUCCUCAUGCGGUUGGGGUUGAGAAGAACUUGAGCCAUUUUGCAUAACAUUGGAGACUCCUUGCUGAAGAGUAGAAGGAUUGAUAUCGGUGAAACUAUAAGAGUUCCUAAGUUGGAAAGCCUUGAGCAGCAAAGAGUUGAUUGGAGAUAAAGACGGACCAAGUAGACUUGUUGUCCAAGAGGGGAUAUUAGUAGCCAUGUUCAUGUUGAGACCAGCCGUACUUAUAGUAUUGUCUUGUG